UUGUCCACAUUUCCACAGCAGUCCGACGCCGAGGUGCUUUCCAGUCGAGCUCCGUGAACAAAACAAGCAAAGAGCCUCUUAUUUUGGCCUCUUUGGUGGGAGAAAAGAACUCCUGAAAUAUUCCCAGGACCUGGUUUGUUUGCUCUUCAUUCCUGCGGACGCCUUGCUCGCAGACACAGCUGAGAGGAUAAGUUAUUCGCAGCAGAGCGGAUCAGGAGCCUGGAAGAUGGGUUCAGUCCCAGCGAUAUCUGUCCUCGUUUUGGGCAUUGUGGUACCUGGCCUGGCCGGAUACAUAGAGGCUCUAGCUGCCAACGCAGGAACUGGGUCUGCUGUGGCCGAGCCACAGGUGGCUAUGUUCUGCGGGAAACUCAACAUGCACGUCAACAUUCAGACUGGUCGCUGGGAACCUGACCCGUCAGGAACCAAAAGCUGCGUAGGAACCAAAGAGGGCGUGCUGCAGUACUGCCAGGAGAUGUAUCCAGAGCUCAAAAUAACCAACGUAGUCGAAGCCAACCAGCCUGUCCACAUUGAGAACUGGUGCAAGAAGGAGAAGAAGGUGUGCAAAGGCCACGCCCAUAUGGUGGUGCCUUACAUGUGCUUAGUGGGCGAGUUUGUGAGUGACGUUCUCCUGGUCCCGGAGAAGUGCAGGUUCUUCCACAAGGAGCGUAUGGACAUGUGCGUCAGCCACCAGCAGUGGCACGGCGUGGCCAAGGAGGCCUGUUCCAGGAGCUUCAUGGUGCUCCACAGCUACGGCAUGCUGUUGCCUUGCGACAUCGACAAGUUCCACGGCACAGAGUACGUUUGCUGCCCUGCAUCCCGCUCCGGAGAGUCAGCCCCACCUUCCCUCCCCUCCCAGGAGGACGAAGACGAGCAGGUAGAGAAUGAUGACAUCGACCUGGAUGAUGAUGAGGCUUUGGAGGAGAGUGAGACUCCGGCUAAUGAGGAACCCACUCCGAAGGAGGAGCCUGUGGACGAAGAUGAAGAUGAGGAGAAGGAAGAAGAUGAGGAGGAGUACCACUAUGUGUAUGAAGAUGAGGAGGCAGAUGGGGAUGAUGAGGAUCAGAAGAAGGAAAGCAGCAAAGCAUCAGAGAAACGUGAUGAUGACAAGAUUGUAGAAGAAGUGAAAGCGGUGUGCACCCUGGAGGCUGAAACGGGCCCCUGUCGUGCCUCCAUGCCUCGCUGGCACUUCGACAUCAGGCAGAGGAAGUGUGUGAGCUUCAUAUACGGGGGCUGCGCCGGCAACCGCAACAAUUUCGACUCUGAGGAGUACUGCAUGGCCGUGUGCAAACACCUGACCUUGCCCCCGACUCCUCAGCCCACCGACGAUGUGGACAUCUACUUUGAGACACCUGCUGAUGACAAGGAGCACAGCCGCUUCCAGAAAGCCAAGGAGCAGCUGGAGAUCCGGCACCGUAACCGCAUGGAGCGGGUACGAAAAGAAUGGGAGGAGGCUGAUCGGCAGGCUAAGAAUCUGCCCAAAGCUGAGAGACAGACCUUGAUCCAGCACUUCCAAGCUAUGGUGGAGUCCCUGGAGGAGGAGGCUGCCAGCGAGAAGCAGCAGCUGGUGGAGACUCACCUCGCCCGAGUGGAGGCUAUGCUGAAUGACCGCCGCCGCGUGGCCCUGGAGAACUACCUGGCUGCCCUGCAGGCCGACCCCCCCAAGCCCCACCGUAUCCUGCAAGCCCUGAGAAAGUACGUCCGCGCGGAGAACAAGGACCGCCAGCACACCAUCCGCCACUACCAACACGUCCUUGCUGUGGAUCCAGAAAAAGCAGCUCAGAUGAAGUCUCAGGUGAUGACCCACCUGCGGGUGAUCGAGGAGAGGAUGAACCAGAGUCUAUCUCUGCUCUACAAAGUACCUUACGUGGCCGAGGAGAUUCAGGAUGAAAUUGACGAGCUGCUCCAGGAGCAGAAGGCCGACAUGGAGCAGUUCCUGUCCUCCAUCUCUGAAUCACAGCCCGACGUCACCGUGUCGUCAGAGGAGAGCGUGGAAGUCCCCGUCUCUGAGGGCAAGCCCUACCGGCCCAUCCAGGUCACCUCUCUGGGGUCCCGCUCAGAGCCAGAAGGCGACCUAUCAGACUCCCCACGUGCCUUCAAGAAAGGCUCCGCCAUGGCUGGUCUGGACGGUCUGAUCGGUGCAGAGGAGAGAAUCAUUAACAGCAAGCCGAAGAUGGGAGAAAACGUGGUGAUUGAUGAGUCCCUGGAUGUUAAAGAAGUGGUUUACAGUGCUGAGAGAGUCAGCGUUAUGCAUGGUGAUGAGCUGGAGUCCUACCGCCCCCUGGGAGAGGACCUGAGCUUCAGCAGCACCGCACUGAUUGGCCUGCUGGUGAUAGCCGUGGCCAUAGCAACUGUGAUUGUGAUCAGCCUGGUGCUAUUGAGGAAAAGGCAGUACGGCACCAUCAGCCAUGGCAUCGUGGAGGUGGACCCCAUGCUGACGCCAGAGGAGCGACACCUAAGCAAGAUGCAAAACCAUGGCUACGAAAACCCCACCUACAAAUACCUGGAGCAGAUGCAGAUCUAACCUGAACCUGAGAGGGGCGCCGUGGAGCCUGUCUGAGAACAGUCUCCGACAGGGGGAACAUACUACUGACCAAUAACACAUGAUGCUAUUGUUAAAAUCCUUUGCAUACAUCCAAACUCCAUUUAUUGGUUUGUUCAAAACAAUCCUAAAGUAAUGCUACUACUUCUACUACUGCUACUGUUGUACUAUAGAGAUCUUUUUGAUCAUGUGUCUGAUGUUUCUGCCAGUUCGCAAAAUAGAAAAUGGUUUAUCUGUAAUUAUCAAGACAGAUCAAGAUGUAUAACAUUUCUUCUGACAUUUUUAUUAUGUGAAAAGCAAAUCAAACGUAUGUUUUUUAGUAAUCAAACUGGCACUACAUUUUUUUUCAUCAUGCGACGCUCAUGGGUUUCAUUAAAUAAUCGGUGUUUUAAUGUGUUCUUUUUAAUCUCAAUAGAUUGCUUGUAUAUGAAGGUUCUUUGUACCAAUCAAAAUAUUUAGUGGGAAAAAAACAUGAGGGGGGGGGGAUAAAUUCACAAUUUAUUUCUUUGCUUUGUUAUAAUAACAAAUAUACAUAUAAUUUUUAAAUAUGCAUAAAUAUAUAUAAAAUUAGAUGUUUUAUUUCCACCUUUUUUCCUGAAGGAAGAGACUAUAAAUUGGUUUGGGAUUUUAUUUUUAUCUUCUUUUUUGUUUUAUUUGGUGGUUACGAAUGUUUGCAGGUGUUGGAGAAGGUGAUGAUCUGCGCAGACCCCCAGCUUAAACACAUCGCCCAAAAACCUUUUUAGUGAGUGAAUGUCUACUUUUGUUCCUUUAAUUGGUCAGAUUUUGCUGUGCCAGUAACUCAAGUCAAUUGUGCAUCAGAUUAAUAUCAAUUCUGAGCUGAAACAGCAAAGCAACCAGAUCCACUGUACCGUUUGCCUAAGCUGCAGGAAUAAGAUACACACACACACACACAAAACAAUAAAAACAAGUGAAUGUGGUCAUUUACCCCCUCAUACACACAAACAUAACCUGUCAGGAAGCUGUACAAAUUUGUAGAUGUCCAAAUGGUACAUAGGUGAAUGUAUUUUUCCAUACUAUGUAUAUGCUUCACUUGAAGCUUUGCCUUUUCAAUUGUGUUUUUACAUUUUGCAAAUUAUGCAAAGUUAAACCAUGAAUUCCUAGAUAUGCACUUCUAAAGCAACAAAUUGAUGGAUGAUGUGUAGCCUUGAUGCAGGAGGCUGUGCUGGUGUUCAGCUGGGCUGAAAAUCAAUUCCAAAUUCACUGGACAAAAAUCUACUAAAGCAAAGAUUUGUGUUACCUGAAAAGGCUGGACGAGCCCUGGAUCAAAGCCACUUGUACGCGGCUGGAGCUGGAGGUCUGUGCAGGCGGACUGCGACUCGGAGAGACAAGGUUCAGAGAGCUGGUUUCUGACACACAAAAUGCAAUUGUGUGUAUUUUUAUAGGUAGAGAAUGACACAAAACAAGUAAAUCCUAAUCCUCUCUAUCUUGGUAUCGUCUUUGUAUGCCUGUAUAGUUGAUGUUGCGAUCAUGGCUUUUUUUUUUUUUUAAGAGGAUUUCUGUGGUGUGCAUUGUUCUUAUAUGACAUUAUAUGAAAUCUAUUUUAAAUUUUAUUUUCCAAUUUCUUUUUUCCUCUUUCUGUGACAGUAUAUCUGUAUGUGACUGACUCACUAUGCACCCAAACAGCUUCAAUCUUGUAACUGCCUGCUUGAUUGUGGAAGAGGACCGGGGACUAUAAUUAUAAUAUGUAUAUUAGUGAUUUAAAACUGAUCAACACCAGUGGAAACAGAUUUCUGGUUACAAGGGGUUACACAUCAAUAAACUCACAACAAACAA